GCAACGCAACCUCCCCCCCACCGGCUGCGCUGCGCUGCGGCAUCAUCUCAUCAUCCCUUCCCAGCCCACCAAGGAGAGAGAUCGAUCUCCAACGCCGCGCCACCAGGCCAUCACAACUCUCUCUCUUCCCCCCUCCACCCUCGCCGCGAGUUGCUCAGUCGCGAGCGAGGCGCGGGCCACAGAGCGGGGCGAGCGUUCCGGCUGCGGGCGGGGUUCGAUCCGGGACGGGAGGGGAGGGGGAGAUCGAUCUCUGCCUUCUAUCUCUCUCGCUCGCUGCCUCUCCCUCGCGCUCUUCCUCCUGGGGGGCGGGGAGGGCCUCGCAUGCGGCGGCGCGGCGGGGCAAAUGCGGGUAGCCUCGCGGGCGGCGGAGCAGCGCUGAGGACGCGGCGGCCGGGGAGCGAUGCAGGCGACGGACCACCACCACCAGCAGCAGCAGCGGAGGAAGGGUUCACCAGAGAUGGACUUCUUCAGUGAAUAUGGUGAUGCUAACAGAUACAAAAUCCAAGAGGUCAUUGGCAAAGGAAGUUAUGGUGUUGUUUGCUCAGCUAUUGACCAACAUACAGGCGACAAGGUGGCAAUCAAGAAAAUACAUAAUAUCUUUGAGCACUUAUCCGAUGCUGCCCGGAUCCUCCGUGAGAUCAAACUACUUCGGCUAUUGCGACAUCCUGAUAUAGUUGAGAUCAAGCAUAUAAUGUUGCCACCAUCAAGGAGGGACUUCAAAGAUAUCUAUGUUGUGUUUGAGCUGAUGGAUACAGACCUACACCAAGUCAUCAAGGCAAAUGAUGACUUAACCAAAGAGCAUCAUCAGUUCUUUCUAUAUCAGAUGCUCCGUGCACUCAAAUACAUUCAUACUGCUAAUGUUUAUCAUCGUGAUUUGAAGCCAAAGAAUAUAUUGGCUAAUGCUAACUGUAAACUUAAAAUAUGUGACUUUGGAUUGGCAAGAGUGGCAUUCAAUGACACUCCUACAACAGUAUUCUGGACGGAUUAUGUUGCUACAAGAUGGUAUAGGGCUCCAGAACUGUGCGGAUCUUUCUUUUCUAAGUAUUCACCAGCUAUUGACAUCUGGAGUAUUGGUUGCAUUUUUGCGGAGAUUUUAACAGGGAAGCCAUUGUUUCCUGGAAAAAAUGUGGUCCACCAAUUGGAUCUGAUGACUGAUCUCUUGGGUACUCCAUCGCUUGAUACAGUUUCCAGGAUUCGCAAUGAGAAGGCAAGGAGGUACUUGACUAGCAUGAGGAAAAAACAUCCAGUACCAUUUUCUGAGAGGUUCCCUAAAGCAGAUCCAGCUGCACUCAAACUUUUGCAGAGGCUUUUAGCAUUUGAUCCUAAGGAUAGGCCAACUGCUGAAGAGGCAUUGGCUGAUCCAUAUUUUAAAGGCCUCGCAAAAGUAGAGAGAGAACCAUCGUGCCAGCCAAUAACCAAAAUGGAGUUUGAGUUUGAACGAAGAAAGGUGACCAAAGAGGAUGUCAAGGAACUUAUUUUCCGGGAGAUAUUGGAGUAUCAUCCUCAGCUUCUUAAGGAUUACAUGAAUGGAACUGAAAAAACAAACUUUCUAUAUCCUAGUGCUGUUGACAAUUUCCGAAGGCAAUUUGCUAACUUGGAGGAAAAUGGAGGAAAGAGUGGGGCACAAAUCCCGUCAUCAGACAGAAAGCAUGUUUCCCUCCCAAGGACUACUACAGUUCAUUCUAAUCCGAUCCCUCCAAAUGGAAAUUCCCAAGUUCCUCAAAGGAUUCCAACAGCUAGACCAGGAAGAGUUGUUGGCCCCGUAAUACCAUAUGAGAACCUGACUGCUGUUGAUCCAUACAACCAACGAAGAGUGGCGAGGAAUCCAGUACUUCCUCCAGCCACUUCUAAUCUAUCAGCAUACACUUACCACCGGAAGUCUGACAACUCAGACAGAGAGCUCCAACAGGAGCUUGAAAAAGAUCGCAUGCAGUACCAGCCAGCACAGCGGUUCAUGGAUGCCAAGGCAGUGCCUCAGAUGUCUCCUGACUUGAGGUCUUCCUACUACAUACCCAAAGGUGUCCCGAAAGAUGAUGUUGUGGAAAGAGCUGCGUCGCAGUCGAGCAUGAUUCAUGGAAUCGCCCCUUUUAAUGGCAUUGCAUCUGUAGGAGGUGGAGGCUAUAAUAAGGUCAAUGCAGUUCAAUAUGGAGUUUCUAGGAUGUAUUAGUUGUAGGUGCAUUGGCCAUCUCCAAAAUCCUCAGCUGAGUUGAAGUAAUAACAUGGCGAAGAGCGAAAAGAUGUCAGUGUUAAAGAACUGCCUUACUGGCUCUAUGACCUGAAGAUAGAGGCCAUGGAUCGAGGAUCAAGGAGGACACGUGAUGUCGCAUUGAAAAUAGAUGUCGGGAAAACAACAUUCAUCAUCCUGUCCAUUUGAUCCAGCUUGUUGAAAAUGGAAUGCCAUUACCCCAUGAAAAGGGGGAAAAAAUAGAAGACAAGAGCAGUGCCAUCGUUUGUUUGCUGCUGGUAAGAGUAGAGGGGGCAGAGAAGAUUACAGGGAAAUCUAUGUACUUUGCAAGAAAGGAAACAUGUGGGAAUAAAAAUAGUGAGCUUCUGUAUAUACAGUGACUUGAUUUAUGUAUUGCUGCUGGUCGCAGCAGCUUCUUUAAUUCAACGUUGUGGAAUUUUGUGUA